AUGAUCGACGUGGUGUUUGUGUGUCGAGGCGCCGGUGAACCAGUCGUGCUGAGUGGCCAGAUGUGGAUCACAGAGGGAGCCGUCUUCUCUGAAGAGCUGAAGAACUCCAGCAGUCUGCAGUUCAAAUCUUUGGCUUAUGAUGUCCAACAGCUGAUAUCAAAGGCGUUCAGUCACAGUGAUUUCAAGACGUGUCAGGUUUUAUACUUCAGCCAGGGCAGUGUGGUGGUGAACUUUGACCUUUGGUUCAAUCAACUGAUUGAUGUGAAGGAGGCGGAACAGCAGCUGGGGGCGGGGCUUCAGGAGGCCGCGGCUGGAGGAUUGGUGAUUGACAGAAACAGCAUUCAGAUCAAAGAGAAACUAGACGAGACAACAGCUGCUCCGACAAGCAUCUCACCUCCAACAGACCAGGAGAAGCUGAACUGUACCUUUGAGCAGGGCAUGUGUUUCUGGAGGCAACAGGACGUGGACGAUGAUGGCGACUGGAUUCGCACCCGCGGCUCCACGUUCCCUCCACUCAGCGGGCCGAAUGUCGACCACACGCUGAGUAACAGCUCAGGUUUCUACAUCGUCACUCCUCUGAGUCCUGGCCAAUGGCUGAAGAGCUUCAGGAUUCACAGCCUCCCUCUCUCCCCGCCCACUCAGCCCAUGUGUCUGAGCUUCUGGUACCACAUGUUCGGCGAGGAUGUCCACCAGCUCAGAGUCCUGCUGUCUGAACCGGCCGUUACCGUGGUGUUCCAAAGAGACAAGAAUUAUGGUGACAACUGGAACUACGGCCAGGUGACCCUCAACCUGACCACAGAGACCACGGUGGUGUUUGAAGGGCUGAAGAAAGGAGGGAUGAGGAACGACAUUGCUCUGGAUGACAUCACACUGACCUCUGAUCCCUGUGGCCCCGCCCCCCCAGAACCAACUAAUGUACCUCCUCCGACAACCACGCCCCCUAUACCAGUUGACUGUGGAGGACCCUUUGACCUCAGGGAGCCAAACUCCACCUUUAGCUCACCUAAUUACCCACAAUCCUAUGGGAACAAGGCUCAGUGUGUGUGGACUCUGCACACCGAUGAGGGUCGAAACAUCCAGCUCCACUUCCUUGACUUUGAUGUUGAAGCGACAUACGACAUCCUCGAGGUGCGAGAUGGGGCGGGGCCAAACUCCACCUUACUGGCUGUCCUCACUGGCAGCACUGGCCCCACCCACGACUUGUUUUCAACAGCCAAUCAGAUGACACUCUGGUUCUUUACGGACAGCUCAGGUCACGGCCGAGGAUUCAGAGCCAACUUCACCUCGGGGUUUAACCUGGGGUCACCAGCUGUGUGUCCAGCCGGUCAGUUCCAGUGUCAGACAGGAAGCUGUAUUCAUGGUAAUGGUCAAUGUGAUGGACAGGUCGACUGUCCAGACGCCUUCGAUGAAGCCAACUGUGUUGUGUUGCAGGUGAACAGUUCCAGUCGUCUUCAGUUUCAACUUGUUUCUUCACUGCUCACCGUGUGUGCUGACACCUGGAAUUCUCACCUGUCUGUCUUCACCUGCCAGUACCUGGGAUACAGGUCGGGGGUGACCACGUUGCUGCCGGCUCUGCCUCAAGAUUCACCGUUUACAACCAUCACAGUCACCAGCAACGGGACUCUGACAACCAGUAUCAGUAAAACCUGCAUCAGUGAGGAAGUGGUUUCUCUGACCUGUGACAACAAACCUUGUGGUGUCCGGCAGGUCACUAAUGAGACGAGGGAAAUGGACCAAUCAGCAAAGAGGAAACCUGCUGAAGGUGAGGGCCGGGUGGUCGGGGGUGUUGAUGCUGUGAAGGGGGCGUGGCCAUGGAUAGUGUCUCUGCAGUGGAGAGGGCGUCAUGUGUGUGGUGCUUCACUCAUCGGCAGAGAUUGGCUGCUGACGGCUGCACACUGUGUUUACGGGAAGAACGUGCACCUGCAAUACUGGUCGGCUGUCUUUGGUCUUCACUCUCAGAGUGACACGAACUCUUUGGACGUUCAGACCCGUCGAGUCGAUCUUGUCGUAAUCAACAGGAAAUACGACAGGCGGAGCAAGCAGGCCGACAUCGCCAUCAUGCGCCUACAGCAGCCAAUCAGCUUCACACAGUUCAUCCAGCCGCUGUGUUUACCUGCUGAAGGUCACGACGUCUCAGCAGGAACAAGAUGUCUGAUCGCUGGAUGGGGUCGAGACUCUGAGCAGGGAUCUCUCCCUGACAUUCUCCUGGAGGCAGAUGUUCCUCUGGUGGUCCAGGAUCAGUGUCAGCUUCAGUUACCUGAAUACACCAUUACCUCCAGCAUGCUGUGUGCCGGGUACCUGGAGGGGGGCGUCGACUCCUGUCAGGGUGACUCUGGGGGUCCAUUAAUUUGUCUGGACGAUGGACACUGGACUCUUAUUGGUGUGACAUCUUUUGGGGUUGGCUGUGGUCGUCCUCAGAGACCUGGAGUCUACGCCCGAGUCUCUGCCUUCAGCUCCUGGAUUGCCCAAACCAGACGCUCCUCUUCCUCCUCCUCUUCCAACUCCACUUUCUCCUCCUCCUCUUCCAACUCCUCCUGCUAAUCGUCCUCCUCUUCCUCCUCCUCUUCUUCCUGCUAGUUUUCCAGUGUAAAGCUUAUUAAAAAUAACCGCAUAUUUUAAUCACUUUUUUAAUCAUCAAACUGUAAACAACUCAUCUUAUUUGACGAGAGAAUAUUCUACACGAUAUACCAUAUAAUGUAUAGAUACACCCAGAGUGAAGACAUAUGCAUACUUUUCUAAGUCAAUUGAGGAAUAUUAUUAUAUUAUGUAAUUAGUUCUAUUAAAUUUAAGCAGAAUAUCAAGUUUGUGUAGGCCUUUUUUUUCUACAGCAUACUUUAAUCUCUUGAAAUCUCUUUUUUUUUCUAACCUAUGUCAUGUAUUUGCACAUUAUUC